UCGAAGAUGAAGGGAAAAACUGUGUGCUGGUGACAUCAUGAAGAGUACCAAUAGAUUUACAACAUGACUUUUGAUUAAAUUAUUUUCGAUCAAGUUUAGGAAUUGAGGAUUGUAAAAUCACUGGAAGAAGGGGGAUGUUGCCUUCUUAUUCAAACCCAAAAUCAGGUUGAUUGGGAUGAUUGUUGAUAGAGAAUUAUUAGAGCUGGGCUGUAAUUUUUCACAACAACCAAUUCGUCUGUUUAGCUGCCCAAACUAAUGGCUAUGACUAAAGUAACGGUAUUAAAGCGAUACUCGAUCAAUACGGGUUUGAAUAGAAACCAUACGACUUUCGGAUUUCACAACAGAAGAAACGAGGGCGAAAAAUUUACACGUUAUUACUGAUAACCAUUUCUUUUUCUUUACCAACCUCGGUUGUACGCCAAAUGACCUGUUUAUUAGUACCGGUCAUCUCAGCUCUCACCUGUUGGAUGACUUCCAAUUUGCUGAAGUUUAAGUUUCACCAUCAUUGCGGAAUCUCGUCGGGGACUAUGAAAAGGAGAUCCUCGAUUUCGAUUCACAGCAGUUCUUCCAUUUCAACUGAACUAUCAAGUCGUGUUCCAGUACCGUCAACCCGAGAAUUAAAAAUGAUGAAAUUGUUUCUCAUUUCUCUGAUCGGUGCCAUUUCCAUGACAACUGUGUCCGCUCGCUUGUGGGAAUAUUCCGACAAUAACCAGGUUCGGUGGUCGACAAAUUGUAAUUUCCUUGGCAGCGACUACCUGCAAAUUUUUGCAGCCAACGACCAGUGUGGAAAAAUUUGCCUGGACAACUGGGGUUGUACUCAUUUCACCGCCAGUCGAACUACCUGUUCUCUAAAAAGGAAUACGAAUGGGUGGACUGAAAGCUUUUCUCGCAAUGAAGUCUGUGGAUUCAUCCCUGGCCGCAGCACCCAAAGCGUUGAACCUCGAAAACCCAUUGUUAAAAAUUAAGGAGUUAUAACAAAAGAUUUGAGUACAAUUUGUGCUCUCUCUUUGUUGUACCGGAAGACGAAGAUUCUCACAUUUUUAUAGAAGUUUUUUACGUUUUUAAAUGACAUAUAAUCUUUAAUUCUUUACGUUUUCUUACGAAAUUGACGUGGGUGCAAUAAUCAUGGUUUAUUUUUAAAAAUUUCAAUUUUAGCUACUUUACUAUCAGUUUGUCAUUUUCGCAAUCAGUGCUAUUGAAUUUUGAAUAAUUCUCUCAUUCGUGUUGGCAUAAUACAGUAUCUAAAGGCCAAA